AUGGGGAACGACAGGGUUGUGCUCAUCUCUGCUGCUCCGACGGAAGACGUUACAGUCCCCUCGGAUGCACCCCACGAGAACAGUUGGUACGAUGGAAGAGAUUUUGACGGCUACCGAGUUACCGAGCAAUUGCUCUUUGAGAGACGCAAGAUUCGAGUCAUCUGUGUAGGGGCCGGAGCGACGGGCCUUCAAUUCGCGUACAAGGCAGAACGUGCCUUGAAAGACGUGGAACUUCAAAUCUACGAAAAGAACAGCGAUAUCGGCGGGACUUGGUUGGAAAAUCGAUACCCUGGGUGUACGUGCGACAUACCCUCUCAUUCCUAUCAAUUCACGUGGGCAAAGAAUCCCAAUUGGUCAAGGUUCUACUCUGGGUCGGAAGAAAUCUGGCAAUAUCUUAAGGACGUUGCCACUAAAUAUGACCUGGAGAAAUACGUCCAGUUUAAGACAACUGUCGAGUCAGCCACCUGGGACGAGGAAGCUGGGUUUUGGAGAUUGCGUAUCAUUGCUCCCGACGGCUCAUCAUUUGAGGAUACUUGCAAUGUCCUUGUCAAUGGGUCAGGGGUCCUAAAUGAGUGGAAAUGGCCCAAUAUUCCAGGCCUAGAUGUAUUCAAGGGAAAGCUCAUGCACUCAGCGCAAUGGGACAGCAACUAUGAUUUGAAAGGGAAGACCGUCGCCGUGAUUGGUGGCGGGUCGUCCGCUGUACAAAUCAUUCCGUCUAUACAACCAACUGUCGGAAAGUUGUAUGCUUUCUUGAGGUCACCAGUCUGGAUUACCACUGGGUUUGGCGCUAAGUAUGCCGGGCCUGGCGGAACGAACUUCUCCUACCCAGAAGAGCAAAAGGAGGAAUGGAGAAAGCACCCAGACAAACAUGCCCAGUACUGUCGGGACGUCGAGGGCGAACUCAACAAGAGAUUUACAUUGAUGCACCUCAAAGCCAAAGAUCAGAAAGUCUCCCGAGAUCUCGUGGCAGACAUUAUGAAAGAACAGCUCGGCCAUGAUGAGACUCUCACCAAGCACAUGAUUCCACCAUUCGCUCUUGGCUGCAGAAGAAUGACUCCUGGAUCUGGGUAUCUGCAGUCUUUGAAAGCAGACAACGUACAGGUCGUCCCAAAGUCAGCUACAAGAUUGACAGAAACUGGUAUCGUGGGCGAAGAUGGCGUUGAACACCAGGUCGACGUUGUCAUCUGUGCGACGGGGUUCGACACCUCCUUCACGCCGCAUUUCAAGGUCUAUGGUCGGAAAAACGCAGAGAUCCACGAGCAAUUCGGUGACUUUCCAAUCGGAUACCUAGGUAUUACAGCCGAAAACUUCCCCAACCUGUUUCUUCUGAUAGGACCCAAUGGGCCGGCAUCACAUUCUAGCAUCCUCCCAAUCUUGGAAUGGUACACCCGAUACAUUUUCCAAGUCAUUGAAAAGAUCCAAACGGAGCGCAUCAAGGCUGUCGAGCCCAAGAAGGAAGCUAUCAAGGAUCUCUACAAUCACACGCACGAGCUGAUGAAGCGACUCGUCUGGUCGUCCGCCUGCAGAUCAUGGUUCAAGAACGGCAAAACACACGGUCCAGUGACCGCCAUCUACCCAGGCAGUCGACUACAUUUCUUCGAGAUUAUGAAGAAUGUGAGGUGGGAGGACUACAACAUCACGUACAUGGCGGAGAACAGAUUCGCCUUCAUGGGCAACGGCUACACACAGACUGAGGUGGACCCUGAAGGAGAUCCUGUGUGUCUCAUUGCCAGAGCCCCGUCCCGCCCUCAACGAACCAAUUCUACCACCAAUGGAGCCGCAGCGGACGCAAAGUUGCCCGGGAUAUCAAGAAAGGUCAAGGCUUGCGCAGCAUGCCGAAAGCAAAAAAUCAAGUGUAUCAUGAUCGGUGACCCGCCAUGUCAACGAUGCAAGGAACGAGGAUUAUCGUGUCGCCUCAACAAAAGCCUGCAGACUCUCAUGUCUGAAGAUUCGAAAUGGAAAGCUGCCGUCACCAAAGAUGUCACAGCUCUGUACGCGGCCGUCGAGGAGAUUGUGCGAACACUGCAGCUGCCAUCUCUGCCGCAAAUGCUCGUCUCCACGCAAGACCCUGCCAUCUUCUUCGACCAAGAGGAACAGGGUAAUGAUCCUGAUGAUGAGGACCAGUCUUUCGACAAUUCGCCGAAAGUGACCCCGGUCGCCGACAAUUUGUCACACGUGCCCAUUGAGUCGCUGUAUCAGAUCACCGGAAUGCGAUCACUAAGAGCUUCUGAGAACAUUACGGAAGACCAGUCCCGGAUAUGCAAACAACUGCGAGAUACUGACUUUAUCGCAAGGGGCCUGGUGAAGCAAGAGGACGCAGAACACUUGGCCAACUACUAUCUCAGCAAGCUUGACCCCUAUAUUUGGCAUAUAUGUCCCGACUAUUCGGAUUUGGAGUCCUUCCGACGCCGAUCACCGACACUGACCGCAUGCGUUCUUACUGUGGCUGCCCUUCACGAUACCAAGCUGGGUCAUCUAUACUCUGUUUGCAGCAAGGAAUAUAGGAGAUUGGUCGCCAAUGCCAUGUUCGAACGAAAGAUUGACAUGGAGUAUCUGCGAGCCUUGGUUCUUGGAUCGUACUGGCUGAGCGACAUCUCAUGGACAUUAUCUGGUUAUGCCAUUCGCCGUGCCAGCGAAUUCCACCUUCGACAGUACUAUCAUGAAAUAUCAGAGUCGGUCAGAUCGCCUGAAAAGGCUGACCCGGCAAAAUUGCAAGAAGCCAUGGACGGCAUUAGAGUACUCUACCUGCUCUAUAUAUGUGACCACCAUCUGUCGAUCCUUUACGGCCGGUCGUCGAUCAUGCGUGACAACGAAAGCUACAUUACCGGUUGGGAAGCCUACCUGGCCUGCUCGUUGUCCACAGAUGCCGAUCGCAGAAUUGCCGGGCAGAUUUGCCUGAUGUACCUGAUGAACCAAAUCCGGGAGACUUUGGGCCCCGAAGACACAAGCUCGGUUCUACCGGUCUCCGCUCUAACCAAGAUUGCCGGCUUUGAGCGCGACUUGGAUGACUGGAUUGCCCGUUUCUCGAGACAUAAUCCAAGCCAAUACAUUGGCAACUGGCCCAACAAAGGUGCAGUAAUGCACUAUCAUUGGGCCAAGCUCUAUCUUCAAUCAUAUGUCCUUCGAGGGCUGCCCGAGUCGGGAGCUGUCAUUCCCGAGCACUUUUUGGAGAAUGCUUCGGCCGCAGUCGCAGCCGCAACUGCCAUCAUCAACCUCCUCUUAGAUGACAGAGAUGCGCAGAUAGCUAUUGCUUAUGUUCCGCAUCACAUCCAUGGCAUGAUCGCAUUUGCAUGCAUGUUUCUCUUGAAGAUCGCAACCAAGCACAGCGAGCAGCUGUUCUUGGAUACCGUUCGCUUUCAAAGGCUCAUAAACGCAUUGGCACAGCAUUUCAAGUCGACAGACGUCGGUAAAGAUCAUUUGAUUCACAGAAUGGCCGAGGGGCUCGAGAAGAUGGCGGAGAGCUUGGGAGGACCAACGCGCUCCAAGAACCGUGUGAAGGCCAACGGGGAGCGUUCAAGUCAGCCGUUAGCAUCCCCGAGUCAAGCGGUCGAUGCGACGGUGAACAUGGGGAGAAUCACCAAUGGGCAGUCGGAUGUACCUGACUAUGGCUCACUGGAUCCAACAGCCUUUGACUUCGGAGAUCCUGCCUUGGGGCUGGGUAUGCCGUUCUUCGAUUUUGAAGGGACGACGCUGGAUGCAGGACAGGCAAUGUGGACUUUUACGUAG